AUGCAUUUCUCACUUGCCUUAAUACUGACAUUGUCGCCGACCUUCAUAACUUGCUUCUCCUUAGCCUUCCUUCGCACCAAUCCGACCAAAAACCAAGGGAUAAACUGGUUAACCAGUGAAGCCGUUCCUGAUAUCGAAUCUCUUAACAAAUGCCACCCCGUCCCCUUCGGCUACUUUGAUACGGCUCAGUUCAUACCAGACAAUACCCCACCAGGAUUUCUUGCAAUGUAUAAGAUCCAAAAGGUUUACGAUCCUACUAAAAAUCUAUAUUGGAUUUCUAUACCCGGAGCUUCUGUUACAAAAGUCGAGUUUUAUACGGGAACGGAUUGUAAAAACGCGGUAUACCAGCAAGAUGAAGAAGGUGCUCUGAGAAUGUCAAGGGUAAACCAACGGGAAUCCCAGAAUGUUAGAUCGUCGACUAUGCAACUACCACAGAAUGUCCAGGCGAUCCCAGAAGAAGAGAAAGAUGACGAAGACUACAGCGACUUCGACAUUGACCCGUCGGAGUUAGAAAAUAUGGACCAAGAAGUCGAGGCACAGUCGCAAGCAGGUAACUUGGGUACGACAAAUCAGGAAAGAAUGGACAUCGAACCCCCUGUGGAUGGUGAAACCCGGCAGGAGAAAAUUAGUCGUCAGGAGAGAAACUUCCUACGAUUUAAUGACGAUGUAGAAGGUGAUGGGGGUAUUGCGUUGGAUGGCAGAUAUAUUACACUGCAAUGGAGUGAGGAUUGGGAGAGCUUUAAAUUAUCAUAUCUCUAUGUCCCGACGUCGAGGUCUCAGGUUACGGAAUUGAGGGAGAGGGAUUUAUGA